GGCAGCAAGGAACUAAAUUCAUUGACAACAAACUACGAACCCAAGCCAUUCGUGGCACGCGACAGAAAUGAGACAGCACUCCUGUAUUUUAAUCGUUACAAAAGCGGCAAAGACAACACAAGUGCUAUUCCGCUUCCUUUGUCUUUGCUUCAUGACGAACAUGUCGUUGGCUAGCCACACGUCCAAUCAUGCCGUCAUUGUGGGUUCAUCACGCUACUGGUUUAAUUAUCGCCACGAAGUCAAUGCGUUGUCGAUCUACACUCUCUUAAAAGACAACGGAUUUCGCGACGAGAACAUUGUCCUUAUGCUCGCGGACGAAUAUGCUAUUAACCCACGCAACGUUUUGAAAAACGUGAUGUACCCUGGAAAUCGUAAACGAUCCUUGUACGAUAAGACCACAGAAAUAGACUACCGCGGUGAGGAUGUAACCGUACAAAACUUGGUCUUGGCUUUGACAGGACGGCAACGCAAAGGACUCGCCCAGCUACAGUCGGAUCGCGAUAGUCACAUUUUGAUCUACUUGACGGGACACGGUGGAGAUCAAUUUUUCAAAUUCCAAGAUGUGGAAGAACUGCUGGCAACGGAAAUUGCCUCGACGCUGGAUCAGAUGCAUCGAGACGGAUUGUACGGGCAGGUCCUUUUGGUGGCCGACACGUGUCAAGCGUUUACGCUCGGUGACAAAAUAACGGCUCCCAAUGUCACCGUGAUUGGGAGUUCACUCCGGGACGAGUCGUCGUACGCACAUCACUCUGACAUGGAAAUUGGGCUUGCUUCAAUUGAGCGAUACACGCACACUUUUAUGGAGUACGUACGGGCCAACGGGACAUCGCAUAGCCUUCAACAGUCCAUGGUGGACGCGUAUCCAUUUUUAGUACAGCGGGCCCACAUCGGGGCUAGGGAUGAUCUGUCUCCGCGCAAACUUUCGCAAGUACCGCUGUCGGAUUUUUUU